ACGUUGUUCAAGUCGGCCUUCCUCAACGACAAGCACCCUGUCAUCGUGAUGAAGGACGUGGACUUCGAGAACCUCAAGUCUCUGGUGGAAUACAUGUACAAGGGAGAGGCCAACGUCCCCCAGCACAUGUUGUCCUCCUUCAUUCAGACUGCGGAGUCCCUGCAGAUUCGAGGUCUAGCAGAGGGAGCUAGUAAACAGAAGCUUGAACAGGUGGCAGAGCUAAACCAUCCUGGAAACCAUCUAAAUAUCCCCAGUAUUCCCAUCACCCAGCAGCUUAACACUCCCUACAAGCAGGAGAUCGGAGGAAAGAAGGGAUUAGACCCAAUGUCCGGUGGAAUCCUAGCUGCCAGGCUUGCCAAAAUGGUUGACUCACCACCCAUGCAAAUGUUUGAUUUCCAUGAACAGCUUGCUCUAGCAGCUCGUCAGCAUGCUGCUCUUGUGCCACCGCCCAUGAAGAAACCAAGAAAGAACCCUGUUACAUCAUCUCCUUUAAAGCUGGAAUCCAACGGCGUUAAACCGGAACUCACGGUGAAAAAAGACCUGCUCGCUAAGACCUCCAGGAUGUCUCCGAAGUCUAAGAACAUCAUGGCUCCCUCCUCCGGACCUUGUGCACCUAACAAUAAUUAUGAAUCGGACUCGGAUGUGCUUAAGAUCGACGAAGACCGGGAUACAGGAAAGGAGAACAAAGAGAACUCUGACGGAAAAGAUGAUGAUAUUGCUGAAAUGGAUUUAGGCGAGAACGGUGUAGACGACAGCGAAGAAGAAGCAAUGAGCAACAAAGAGCUGGCUGAACGUGCAGUUCCUGCUGUUGGGUUUAUCAAUCCUUGGACAGGAGAGGAGAUUCCGGGUAUUCCACAUGAAGACGAAGACUCACUUGACGACGGAGUAGGUCCUGUAUUCCCUUUAAUGGACAAUUCCCUGUCCUCCCUCACCCGCUCCCUCGACCUCUCUGACGCGCACGGCCUCGAAAAUCCGCGAGAUCCUCUGACCAACAAAUAUUCCUGCGCGAGAUGCGGCCGUUCCUAUCUCCACCAGGCGACCUUGGUCCGUCACCAGAGAUAUGAAUGCGGGAUCUCGGCCUCGUAUCCCUGCCAACUCUGCGGCCGGAAGUUUAAGAGGCGCGACGUCCUAAAAGGACACAUGGAGAAGUGUAUGAAUAAAUCCAACCUAACCUCGACAAGUCCUCUACUCCCAGCCAGCUCUCCUCUACUCAACCCAGCCAGCUCCCUCCUCACCUCCUCCUCCUCCCCCCUCAUCAACCCCUCCAGCUCCCUCCUAACCUCCAGUAGUCCUAUACACACCUCUACUAGUCCUCCUAGCGUCCCCUCUAUGUCCUCAAUAACCUACUCUGGAAUUAUGCAAUAAAUUUACAGAGACAAUCAAUGGAAAAUCAGACUUUCACAGAGAUUUUCUUUAUUUACUAAAUUUUUUAAUCAUUUACUUUUUUGAAAAUUUGUUGGCUGCCAAAAGUGCCUUAUCGUUAUCCUUUGGCCAUCCAAACAUGUGUCUUCGACUUUUCGCCUUCCGGCUAUGGUUUAAUACAUUAUUAACCAGGCCAAAGCUGAACAAAUGGUGCAAACUUUAAUCAUAUUUAUAUGUAAGUUUAGUUUAUUGUACAGAAAUAUCUAUUUAGGGCAUUAUAUAUACUAAUUUGGGCAUCACCCAUUAAAUCUAGUUAAUGUUAUUUCUUGCUAAUAAUAUUUUGUAAAAAAAGUUAAUAUUUUGUAAAUUUUCUUUCUUAUUCUGAACAUAAUAGAUCUCCAAAGACUGUUGUAAAUAAUUUUGUUUGGUUAAUUAAUCGAACUGAGCUUCCCGAGAAGUCCAAAAAUAAUUAUGUAAAAAUAACAUUUUUCUAAUUGUCCGCCAAAGUUAGCUAGUCAAGAAAAUGUUCAGCUAAACAGUGUAAAUGUAAGUGAUGUAAGUACAUAGUAUACAAUACAUGUACUGUAAUGUAUUGUACUGUACAUAAUGUUUGUUUGUAUGCGUAUUAAACUAUUUGCGAAUAAAUGAUGUUAACCCAUGA